GCGGAGCCGCCAAAGUGUCUAGACUGGCAUAUGAUGGGAGGCAGCCAAUGACUCCGCGGCGCUCCUCCGGGGGCCCUCAGUGUGCGUUUGAGGAGAACAAAAAAGAGAGCGAGCGAGCCGCGCGGGGGAGCGAGCGGGGGAGCCGCGCCGGGACGGGGAGCCGCCGCGCGCGCCGGGACCGCGGGGCCGCCGGGAGCCACUUCCCGCGGCGGGGGGACAGGGCGGCCUCUGUGGCCGGGGCGCGCGGGGCGUCGGUGCGGGACGCGGGGCGGGCGGCCACUGCGGCUUCGGCGGACUGCAUUUUUAGCUAAGGAUUUCCAGCAGCUCUUUGGGAUCUUUACAGUUUCCACUCAUGCGUUGACACCCGCGUCCGGGAGAGACUCCGAGUGCUUUCCAGCGCCUGGGACCUGAGACGGACUCGGCCUUGGGUGCAAGCAGUUGCAGGCGUUUUGGUUUCGUUUGGGGUUUCUUUCGUUUUUUUUUUCUUUCUUUUUUCCUUCUUCCCUUCUUGCAGGGAGUGAGAAGGGAGCGGGGGUCCUCCGCACGCCUGCAGAAGCCCAUGUAGUUGAGCGCUCGGGUUGCUGGAGCCUGCCUGCGCUUUCCCAAACUCCACUCGGGGGUUCCGGCGCGGGGGCUUUGUGCUCAUGGAGCCGCCGCGCAACUUUUGAAGGCUCGCCGGCCCAUGCGGGGUCUGGGGGGGCGGCGCGCCUGCUGCACCCCCCCGCCGCGCGCGGGGGCCGCCCUAGCCGAGCCGCGGGCGCGCGGGGGCCCAUGUAGCCGAGGGGUCGGCGCGGACUGCGGCUAGGAGCGCGCGCGUUCGCUCCCCGGCGUCCCGGCUCGGCGAGCUCCCUGAUGUGGCCGGCCCGCGGCGCCCCCCCGACGACAGACGGCGCGCGGAGCUUCAUGCGGGGCCGCGGCCCGCGCCGCGCUGAGGGCACGGACCCCCGCUGACCGGAGAGCGCCUCCCCCCGCUCCCCCGGCGCCCAAGGGUAUCGUAUGUUCAGGUCCAAACGCUCGGGGCUGGUGCGGCGACUUUGGCGCAGUCGUGUGGUCCCCGACCGGGAGGAAGGCGGCGGCGGCAGCGGCGAGGAUGGGAGCUGGGGCAGCCGAGCCGACCCCGGCCCGUGCGCGCGAGACGGCGGAGGCUGCGGCCGCCCGGACGGCCGCCCGGUAGCCCCGCGGCGGCCCCGGGACGCGGCGGGACCGCGGGGCGCCGGGCGGCGCCGGCGCGCAGGCGGCCCCCCGAGGCCCGUGGCCGAGCCGGGGGCCGGGACCGGGGCCGGGGGUGCCCCGCGGGACUUGGCGGAGCCGGGCGGCCCCGGCGGGCUGCCCGAGAGCGACUGCGAGACGGUGACCUGCUGCCUUUUCUCGGAGCGCGACGCGGCCGCCGGCGACCCCCUGGCCGGGCCGGCCCCGGAGCCCGCGGCGGCCGGGCGGAGCCGCGAAGCCCGCUCGCGCCUGCUGCUGCUGGAGCAGGAGCUGAAGACGGUCACGUACUCGCUGCUGAAGCGGCUCAAGGAGCGCUCGCUGGACACGCUGCUGGAGGCGGUGGAGUCCCGCGGCGGCGUGCCGGGCGGCUGCGUGCUGGUGCCGCGCGCCGACCUCCGCCUGGGCGGCCAGCCCGCGCCGCCGCAGCUGCUGCUCGGCCGCCUCUUCCGCUGGCCCGACCUGCAGCACGCCGUGGAGCUGAAGCCCCUGUGCGGCUGCCACAGCUUCGCCGCCGCCGCCGACGGCCCCACCGUGUGCUGCAACCCCUACCACUUCAGCCGGCUCUGCGGGCCAGAAUCCCCGCCCCCUCCCUACUCGCGGCUCUCUCCUCCUGACGAGUACAAGCCACUGGAUCUGUCGGAUUCCACAUUGUCUUACACUGAAACAGAGGCCACCGGCUCCCUCAUCACUGCUCCGGGCCACUUCCCAGACACCAGCAUGUCCCCGGACGCCACCAAGCCGAGCCACUGGUGCAGCGUGGCGUACUGGGAGCACCGGACGCGGGUGGGCCGCCUGUACGCGGUGUGCGAGCAGGCUGUCAGCAUCUUCUACGACCUACCUCAGGGCAGCGGCUUCUGCCUGGGCCAGCUCCACCUGGAGCAGCGCGGCGAGUCGGUGCGGCGCACGCGCAGCAAGAUCGGCUUCGGCAUCCAGCUGAGCAAGGAGCCCGACGGCGUGUGGGCCUACAACCGCGGCGAGCACCCCAUCUUCGUCAACUCGCCCACGCUGGACGCGCCGGGCGCCGGCCGCACGCUCGUAGUGCGCAAGGUGCCCCCCGGCUACUCCAUCAAGGUCUUCGACUUCGAGCGCUCGGGCCAGCUGCACCACGCGCCCGAGCCCGACGCGGCGCACGGCCCCUACGACCCCAACAGCGUGCGCAUCAGCUUCGCCAAGGGCUGGGGGCCCAGCUACUCGCGGCAGUUCAUCACCUCCUGCCCCUGCUGGCUGGAAAUCCUCCUCAACAACCACAGAUAGUGGCCCCCCUCCCCCACCGGAGCCCAGAGACUCGGCCCCGCCUCCCACCCCCCUCCCACCCCCAGAUAUCAUCUACCUAGAUUUAAUAUAAAAGUUUUAUAUAUUAUAUGGAAAUAUAUAUUAUACUUGUAAUUAUGGAGUCAUUUUUACAAUGUAAUUAUUUAUGUACGGUGCAAUGUGUGUAUAUGAACAAAACAAGAAAGACGCACUUUGGCUUAUACUUCUUUCAAUACAGAUAUAUUUUCUUUC